UCAGAGAUGCGGCGGUGGAGGAGAUGAGGAGCCGCGUGCAGCUGGGAGAGUUCUCACUGCAGAAUGUGCACAGUACGGACUUCCCCGGGAAUUACCCCGGAUAUGACGACACCUGGGACCUGGAGCGCUUCCAGAAGAAUUUCCGGAUGGAGAUCACCAAGAUGGAGGACGACCUCCUGGAAUUCGAUAUGGUCGGAAUAGACGCGGCGAUGGCGAAUGCAUUUCGGCGCAUCCUGCUGGCCGAGGUCCCCACCAUGGCCAUAGAGAAAGUUUACGUCUAUAAGAACACAUCGAUCAUACAGGACGAGAUCCUCGCCCACCGCCUGGGCCUCAUCCCCAUCCGCACCGAUCCCCGCCUGUUUGAGUAUCGGAACUCGGAUGACGCAGAAGGAACGGAGAUUGACACAUUGCAGUUUGAGCUGAAUGUGAGAUGUACGCGGAACCCCCGUGCGGCUAAGGACUCCUCCGAUCCCAGCGAGCUCUACCUGGACCAUAAAGUAUACACCAGUCACAUGAAGUGGCUCCCACAGGGAAACCAGUCGGAUCUCUUCCAUGACACUGACCCGCCUCGGCCCGUGCACAGCGACAUCCUCAUCGCUCAGCUUCGGCCCGGCCAGGAGAUCCACGUCAUCGUGCAUUGCGUCAAGGGAGUUGGGAAGGACCACGCCAAGUUCUCCCCCGUGGCCACAGCCAGUUACCGCUUACUGCCGGAAAUCACAUUGCUGCACCCCAUAGAGGGCGACCUGGCGGAGAGGCUGCAGAAAUGUUUCUCGCCUGGAGUUAUCAUGGUGGAUGAUGUGAAUGGGAAGAAAGUGGCCCGUGUAGAGAACUCGCGGAUGGAUACGUGUAGCAGAGAGAUCUUCCGCCACGAGGACCUGAAAAACCUGGUGCGCAUGGCACGGGUGCGAGACCAUUUUAUCUUUUCCAUAGAGUCCACUGGCAUCCUGGCCCCCGAUGUCCUGAUGAAAGAAGCCAUCAUGGUUCUGAUGGGGAAAUGUCGCCGCUUCCUGAAUGAGUUGGAUGCAGCGCAGAUGGACUGA